AUGACCUCCAUCUCUUACGUUGAUCAAAUUGACGCGUUUGCGUCAAGGUUUAGUCAAGAUGAUACAUUAGUUCAGAAGUACUCGACGCUUAGUGAGUUGUUUGAUGUUAUUGACUCCAUAACAUCUUCUUCUGAUUAUGAGUAUUUCUUGAAGACAACCAUACCGCUACUUUUAGAACAAUUGCGUGAUGUUCCAGUAUCAUUAAGUUCAAGUUCUGCGGAACAUAAGCUUCGGAACUUUGUAUUGGAAUUGCUAAAUCGGUGUUUAAUGAAUGAAAAGUUUGAGCGAUAUGCAGUGGAUACGACAGAUGUGCUACUGAAAUUCUUACGAGAAGAAAACGAUGAAAACGGGGUAUUAUGUAUGAAGAUUUUGACUUCGUUGUUUAAAUCUUAUAAGCAGCCUUUGCAGGAUAGAGUGGACACUUUAAUAUCGAUUAUACUUGAUAUUUACCGCAAUGUGCCAGCUCUAGUGAAGGAAAUGUUUGAUGAAAAUGGCGAAGGGGGGAUACUGGAUAAUAAGGAUGAAUUUACUCCAAUGCCACAUGACAUGGACUCCGAAUCUGGUACAACCCCAAAGGAAUUUAGGAAUACAAUGUAUUCUUUAAAAAGUUUGGCAGAAUGCCCUAUUACUAUGGUUACACUUUACUCAUCUUAUAAACAUUUAUCUACAACUUCGUUGCCACAUUUUCUUCCUUUAGUGAUAGAUCUGUUGACUUUGGAAGUGGAGCAACAGAAGAGAGCUCGUGAAAUUGCCGAAGCUCACGGUGAAAGACUAAUCAAUAUGAAUCCUGAAAUAAAAAAUAGAGCUGCCUUUUUUGAAUUCAUAUUAGCUCAAAUAAAAGCGACAUCUUUUCUGGCAUAUGUAUUUAUUAGAGGCCAUGCUCCAGAACUCUUACAGAACCAUGUAUCUGUGGUGCCAGAUUUAGUGAUGAGAUUAUUACAAGAUUGUCCUAGCGAAUUAUCAACAACGAGGAAAGAGCUGUUACAUGCGACACGACAUAUUUUAUCCACUAAUUAUAAGAAGCUUUUCCUGCCUAAAAUAAACUUGAUGUUUGAUCAGCGGUUGUUGAUCGGGGACGGGUUUACCUCUCAUGAAACUUUAAGGCCUUUGGCCUACAGUACAGUUGCGGACUUUAUUCAUAAUGUGAGAGGAGAACUGCAGCUUGAUGAGAUUGAGAAAACCGUAACCAUGUACACAAAAUUCCUGUCAGACGAUUCUUUAGCAUUGACAGUUCAAAUAAUGAGCGCGAAGCUUUUGUUAAAUCUUGUGGAAAGGAUUUUAAAACUUGGCAGGGAAACUCCUCAACAUGCACCAAGGGCGAAAAAGCUACUGAUGGUUAUAAUAGAUUCUUACGCAACUAGGUUCAAGAACUUGAAUAUACAAUACGAAAAUAUUCUAAGAAACCAUAGGAUAUAUGAACAAAACAAAGCAAAGAAGGCAGAGGAAAUACAGAAAAGAAUGGAAGCUGAUAAUAAAGUUACGGAAGAAUUUCUAAAACAAUUACUUAAUAAUAAGGAUGAACUCAUACCACAGAUGGAUUCCAACCCAGUCGACGGUGAUGGAGAUGUUAAAAUGGAUGACACAGAUGGAAGUGUUGGCAUCUUUGAGCUAAAAAACUGUGCCCCAAUAUUAUUAGCUGCACCAUCAACCAGUGAUCCUCUUAAGGACGCCUUUUACUUGUAUCGUACUUUACUAUCUUUUUUAAAGACAAUUGUGCAUGAUGUUAAAGUGUUUAAUCCUCCGUCGAACGAAUUAACGACCAUGAAUCCGAAAAUGUGGUCUGCCCUGUCUAGGGUUUUUAGCUAUGAAGAAGUUCUUAUUUUAAAGAAGUUAUUCCAUGAAUGUGUAGCUGGACUUUAUCUGUUUUCCAAUAACCCAGGGACAAGUAAUAAACCCGAGAAGAAAUAUUUUGAUAUUACUACUCCAAGUUUGCCAGUUUCUGCAACAAAAGAUGGUAGGGAAUUGAUGGAUUACUUUGCUAUCAUAUUUAUGCAAAUUGAUAGCCCUACUUUCAAUGAGAUUGUUGAAAGUGAGAUUGAGUUCAUGUAUGAGUCUAUGCUUCAUGAUUCCGCUCUCCUUCAUGUUGCGCAGUCAUUUUUAACAAGUGAGGUAACAUCUCCAAAUUUCACGGGCAUACUGCUUAGAUUCUUAAAAUCGAAAUUACAGCAGCUUGGUAAUGUUGACAGUAAUAAGUCUAAUAUAUUGAUACGUUUAUUCAAGUUAUCAUUCAUGUCUGUCAAUCUAUUCCCAGCUGGCAAUGAGGCUGUCCUUUUACCGCAUCUAAAUGAUUUGAUUUUAGACUCAAUAAAAUAUUCUACUACUGCUCAAGAACCACUUGUCUAUUUCUAUGUGAUAAGAACACUGUUCAGAAGUAUUGGUGGUGGAAGAUUUGAGAGUUUGUACAGGUCGAUUAAGCCAAUUUUGCAGGUAUUACUGCAAUCAUUAAACAGAAUGAUUUUAAUUUCACGGCGUCCACAUGAGAGAGAUUUGUAUGUGGAAUUAUGCUUAACGGUGCCGGUACGGUUAAGUGUUCUGGCUCCAUAUUUGCAUUAUUUGAUGAGACCAUUAGUGUAUGCCCUCCAAGGGUUCCCAGAAUUAAUUACACAAGGUCUAAGAACUUUGGAGCUGUGCAUAGAUAACUUGACUGCAGAAUACUUUGAUCCAAUAAUCGAGCCAGUUGUCGAGGAUGUUCUUAACGCUUUAUUCAAGCUGCUGAAACCUCAGCCCUUUAACCACCAGAUAAGUCAUACCGCUGUAAGAAUCUUAGGUAAAUUGGGUGGAAGAAACCGCCGAUUCCUAAAACCUCAUUCAGAUCUCAAGGUCAAAGGAGAGUUGGAUAUUGCUGUCGAUGCUUUAUUCAAGAUACACGGUUUCAGCGACAAAGUUCCAUUGUCCAUCACAACAGGAAUUAGUUCCGCUUUGGAUAUUUUAUAUGAUUACCGAAUUGAUCUGCACUACCGGGAAAGUGCUUUCAAGUACUUAACAACAACUUUGAAACUUUUUAUUAGUUCAUCUGCAAGUUCAAUCAAAGAAGUUAUCCCAAGUGUACAUGCGGCUGUACAAGAACUAACUGAGGGUAAGCCUGCGGCAGAUGUAUCAUACCCUGAAACACCUGCAAGAGAUAAUAAAACAUUAAACACUCAAGAGAAGCUGCUCUUGAAGCUAUUUGAGGCUUUGUUCUUUGCGACAUCAAUAGAGCAGCUUAGAGAUGGUAGCAAAGAUCUUUUUAUGCACAUAGUGGAUCAUUUUUCUAUACUUCAGCUGCACAAUGCGGUAAUUGAAAAACGCGGAACGCCAGAAGUUUUCACCAUGGAUGCAAAGCAAAGAAACAAUUUGAUUUCUAGUGAAACAGUACUGGAUGGUAUAAUUUUUGGUUUAUCUUCAUAUCUGAGCUCUGCACGAGAGCUUGCUAUUGAAGGUAUCAAAAAAUUAUGUGAAAACAGCAAAAUCAUUUACGGCGAUAAGUUUUUGGAAUAUUCAAGUGUGCCUCUGUUCACCAAGAAUUUAAUCCAUACUUUUUAUGAUGAAGCAUACUAUAAUAAGAUUGCCGGUGUUUUAGGUAUUAAGACACUAGUUGAAGAUCUUCAAGUAUCAGUGGACUAUCUAAGGAAAUUUCAAUUUGAACUUGUUACUGGUUUAUUAUUUGUUUUAAAGGAUACACCCGAAGAGGCCCCAGAGCUUAUUUGUAAUGGUGCUGAGGAACUAAUACUAACUAUAUUGAGUAAAACAUGUGAUGGCAUUAGUGAAAAGGACCUCAACGAAAAACGGCUGCAAAAUUCCUUAACAGAUCUUGUAUGUGAAUUAAGCAAUCAGAAUGAAAAGGUAAGAAAGACUUGUCAGUUAGCAUUGCAAACAGUCUCUGAUGUAACCCAGAUAAAAGUGUCAAAGUUAAUGGAGCACUCUAAGAACUUUUUACUUUCCCCAAUUUUUGCAAAACCUCUGAGGGCUCUACCUUUUCCGAUGCAAAUUGGAAAUGUAGACGCUGUAAUUUACUGCCUAAGUCUUCCAGACACAUUUUUGGAUUUCAAUGAGGAGUUGUUACGUUUGUUACAUGAAGCAAUUGCUUUGGUUGACGCUGAAGAUGUUUCGUUAGCAACUAUUCCUAGAAUAACCGAAUACCAGACUUCUAGACAACUGAUCAAGUUACGUGUGGUCUGUAUCCGGCUACUAGCGCUAUCUUUGAAGAGUGACAAAUUCUCAUAUUCACAACAGGGAAGUAUCAGAAUUAGAAUUUUGGCAGUGUUCUUUAAGACAAUGUUAAAAACAUCACCAGAAAUCAUCGAGGCUACAUACCUUGGGUUAAAAGAAAUACUAGCAGAGAAUUCUAAACUUCCUAAAGAACUUUUACAGAAUGGUUUAAAGCCAAUGCUGAUGAAUUUAUCUGACCAUCAGAAACUUACUGUUCCUGGACUCGAGGCUCUAGCUCGGUUAUUAGAACUUUUAAUUGCUUACUUUAAGGUUGAGAUUGGUAAAAAGUUGCUUGAUCAUCUUGAUGCAUGGUGCAGAAUCGGUGUAUUAGACACACUAUUUGGGAAGGACCUACAUGAACAGGUGCCGACAAAGAUAAUCUCUAGUAUCAUCAAUAUCUUUCAUUUAUUACCUCCACAGGCGGAUUUAUUUUUGGAUGACCUUGUUUUGAAAUUAAUGUUGAUGGAGAGAAGGUUAAGAUUGCAGAUGGAUUCUCCGUUCAGAGUUCCACUGGCCAAAUAUCUUAAUAGGUUUUCGAAUUCUGUUCUUACGUACUUCAAGCGAAAUUUGACUUCAAGGCAAUUAGUUUUGUUGUUUUGUUCCAUAAUCCAGAAGGAAGAAGCUCGUGAUCUAGCAGCGACAUUUGAAUCAGACUUGGAUGAGUUUAAUCAAUAUUAUGUUGACAGUAUACCAAAUAAUAGAACCAGGGUAGUGAGCUUUUUUGCGAAUUCAGUUGACUUAUUUAACGUUUUUGCAAAGAUUAACGAUGACAAGUGGUUUGUUGAGCACAGUACCAUGUUAUUCAAGCUCAAGAACAUGUUAAGCUUGACAUUGACGAUCAUAAAUGAAGAUAAAUUUGAUUAUGACACAGUGCUAUUAAGCCAGUCAAUUGAAAAGUUCCAGGCGUUAUAUUGGCGUUAUAUGUAUCUAAACGUUGCCGAUCCGACACUGCUACUUUCCAUUAUAGAAUUUUCUCACCUAGCUGGAUUACAACUCGAUCAUUCAUACGCCCAAUAUAUUUACGACAAUAUUGUUGCAACUGAUGAUAUUGAUCAAAAAUUAUUAUACCUCAAGGCAUCGUUAGGUUUUUGCACUAGCGAUAAGCCUUUAGAGGCAAGCAUAUAUGUUUUGAAGCAUAUUAUUAACGCAACUUUUAUUUAUGAAGGUCAUGUUAAGGGUUCACUUUCGCGUUUUGUUAAAGACAAGUCAGAAACUCCUGGUUGGUUGCAAUAUUUUUAUGAGCGUAUCUGGAGAAAUCCUAGCAACGUAAUGAGGACUGACCUUGCCGGAAGGUAUGAUGCAUUCCGUUUUGAGUUAUUGCAAUUGUCAGCAAUAUUGAUUAAGUUUUCGCCAGAAUUAAUAUCCGAUAUUCGCAAGGAUAUUAUUAAGUUUGCAUGGAAUUUCAUAAAGUUAGAGGAUAUUCAAGUGAAACAGGCGGCAUAUAUGGUUACUGCAUACUUUAUAGCGAACUUUGACUUCCCGGUGAAAAUUGUAACUCAGAUUUUUGUAGCCAUAUUGAGAUCUUUCCAGAUUGAGGCUCGCUAUAUGGUAAAACAGUCUUUAGAUCUUUUGACUCCCGUUAUGCCUGAAAGACUUGCGUCUUCUGACCAGCCCAAGGCCUGGAUUAAUUGGGUAAGAAGGGUUAUUUCCGAAAGCAAUUCCCAUCAAAGUGCUGCAGUAUACCAAUACUUGGUAAAUCAAAAGGAUCAAUUUUUUGAGGACAGAGACUUGUUUAUACCCAACUUGAUUAGCCACAUUGGUAAGCCAAUAUUAUUAGCCAAUCCAUCUAUUGAAAACCAGGUUUUGGCAGUUAAUAUCGCAGAACUGAUAUUAUACUGGGAAAGGAAAGCAAUGGAACAGAGACCAUCUAAAGAUCAUGAAGAUGAUGUAGAAAUGGAUUCUGGCGGUGGUGGUGUAAUAUCUACUUCUCUUGCCCAACGUGAAGCUUUUGCCGCCUUUUUGGUUAGGUUCAUAUGUGUCAGCAAUCAUAGGGCUCGGGAGACUGAACUAGGCUCUCGUGCUUUAAACAUUCUAUCUGAGUUAUUAUCGACCGGUUAUUUACCAGAUGCUGUUGUUAAGUUAUCAUUUUUUGAAAAGUUUCUGGUUCAACAAGACCUGCAAUCUCCUAAUCUGUUGUUCUACUGUAUGAAUGCUUUAGAUGUCCUAGACGUCAUCUUUAAAAACAAGGAACCGUCAUGGAUUGUGAGUAAUCUACCUAUCAUCCAGAACCUCCUAGAAAAGUGUAUUAAUGUAAGUCAUCAUGAUAUACAGGAGGUAUUGCAGAAGGUCAUCAGUACCGUGUUGAAGGUCCUCAAAGAUUCAGAUGUAUCCUUUGAAGCUGAAGAAGAAGAAGUUCCUGCGAAAACUUUUGUAAACACUAUUGUAUCGACCAUUAUUGAGGAUCUGAAUGGAACAUCUUCUGUGGCCGCAGGUGUUACACUAGCUUGGGUAUUAUUUAUGUACUUUCCUCAACAAAUUGAUCCACAUUUGCCACUAAUGAUGAGAACGUUUAACAAACUGUGCAAGGAUCAUCUGACAAUAUCUCAACCGAAGGAUGCAGCAGCCAUUGAAGAAGCAAAAAUCACCACAAAACUUUUGGAAAAGAUGUUUUAUCUAUUAUCCAUGAGGAUUUCAGUCUUGGGGGAUGCACGGAGGCCCUUCUUGUCUACAGUGGCAUUGCUCAUUGAUCGAUCAAUGGAUCAGAGAUUUUUGCAAAAGAUUGUCACAAUGGCAAGAACUUGGGUGUUUACUAAUGAUAUCUUUCCAACCGUGAAAGAAAAGGCUGCUAUACUUACAAAAAUGCUUGCAUUCGAAAUUCGUGGAGAACCCACACUCUGUAAACAGUUCUACCAUAUCAUUUUAGAGCUAUUUGAGAACAAAAACUUCAAUAAUAGUGAAAUAACAGUUCGCAUGGAGCAACCUUUCCUAGUGGGAACGCGAGUAAGUGAUAUACCAAUAAGAAAGAAAUUGAUGUCAAUAUUGGACGCAAGCUUGGAGCAAGACAUUAGAGAAAGGUUGUACUACGUUAUACGCGACCAAAAUUGGGAAUAUAUUGCAGACUACAUGUGGUUAAACCAAGGUUUACAAUUGCUGUUUGGCGCUUUUGACAAAGAACAUACAUUAGCGAUUAAUACAGAGUUCUUAAUUACUCCACUUACAGCUAUCAAGGAGAUUUUUCCCGAUGAGGUGGAGGAAACCGUACAGGUUGGCAAUAACACAUUAACCGCUUUCUUAGAUAACCAUGGUAAAUUUUUGGAGACAAUUAACACGAUUAAAUGUAAAGACCUCAUUGAGCCUCUAAUUGAACUUUUCUACCAAAGCUCAACAGCUGUUUAUAGGACAUGGGUUGCAAUUUUCCCCGUUGCUUAUAAAUCUAUUCCAAGGAACGAGAAGUACGGUUUCAUUCGCUCUUUGGUAUCCCUUCUUUCAAAAGAUUACCAUUCAAAACAGGCAAAUUCGAGACUCAAUGUUGUCAAUAUCCUUCUAGAUUCCGUUACCAAGGCAGAGUCACUUGAACUUCCUCCUCAUCUCAUAAAGUAUCUUGCUUCCUCGUACAAUUCUUGGUACCAAUCUAUUAAUAUCUUAGAAUCCAUGGAAGAGAGUGGCUUCAUUGAUAACACGAAGAUUGUUGAAGCCAAUGAAGACGCAUUACUGGAGUUGUACGUGAGUUUACAGGAGGAGGAUAUGUUUUAUGGUUUAUGGCGUAGGAAAGCAAAAUACACGGAGACCAACAUUGCUUUGUCAUAUGAGCAAAUCGGCCUUUGGGAUAGAGCUCAACAAAUGUACGAGACUGCCCAGGUGAAAGCUCGUAGUGGUGCAUUACCUUAUUCGGAAUCUGAGUACUCAUUAUGGGAAGAUAAUUGGAUACUUUGCGCUGAGAAGCUACAAAAUUGGGAUGUUUUGACAGAACUGGCAAAACAUGAAGGAUUUACAGAUUUAUUGUUGGAAUGUGGAUGGCGUGUUGCAGAUUGGAAUUCAGACAAAGAGGCUUUAGAGCAAUCUAUAAAGAGUGUUAUGGAUGUUCCAACUCCACGUAGGCAGAUCUUUGAGACAUUUUUAAACCUGCAAAAUUUUGCUGAAAACAAUAAAUCAGAUCAAGAUAUUAGAAGACUAUGUGAUGAAGGUAUUCAGUUAAGUUUACACAAAUGGUCUUCAAUGCCAGAAAGGUUUACACCUGCGCAUAAGUUCUUGUUACAUGCAUUUCAACAGUACAUGGAAUUCAUGGAGGCUGCUCAAGCAUACGCUAAUUUGGCUACUACCACAGUUCAAAAUCUGGAAACAAAAGCUCAAGAGAUCAAAAGAGUGCUGCAAUCGUGGAGGGACCGUUUACCGAACAUUUGGGAUGAUAUUAAUAUAUGGAAUGAUUUAGUGACAUGGCGGCAACACGCUUUCCAUGUCAUUAACAAUGCCUAUUUGCCGCUGGUUCCUGUACUGCAACAACCAAAUAGCAAUAGUAAUAUAAGCACACAUGCUUACCGUGGUUAUCAUGAAAUUGCUUGGGUUAUAAAUAGAUUUGCCCAUGUCGCUAGAAAACAUUCCAUGCCGGAUGUUUGUAUUGGCCAGUUAGCAAGAAUCUACACCUUACCAAAUAUUGAAAUUCAGGAGGCUUUUUUGAAGCUCCGCGAACAGGCAAAAUGUCACUAUCAAAAUAUGAAUGAGUUGACAACUGGGCUUGAUGUUAUUAGUAAUACUAACUUGGUUUACUUUAGUACCGUCCAGAAGGCUGAAUUUUUUACACUUAAAGGAAUGUUCUUGUCAAAACUCAGGGCACACGAUGAAGCUAACCAAGCUUUUGCAACAGCGGUGCAAAUAGAUUUGAAUUUGGCGAAAGCAUGGGCGCAAUGGGGAUUUUUCAAUGACCGUCGUUUGUCGGAAGAACCUAACAACAUAAACUUCGCCAACAAUGCAAUUAGCUGCUAUCUACAAGCUGCAGGUCUAUACAAGAGCUCUAAAACCCGAAGGUUAUUAUGCAGAGUACUAUGGUUAAUUAGUAUGGAUGACGCUUCAGCUUCUCUUGCUCACGCUUUUGAAUCUUUCCGUGGAGAAGUCCCCGUGUGGUACUGGGUGACUUUUAUUCCUCAAUUAUUAACAUCACUUUCACAUAAGGAAGCUAAACUUGUUCGCCAGAUUUUAAUACGUAUAGCCAAGAGCUAUCCACAAACCUUGCAUUUCCAAUUGCGUACUACUAAAGAAGAUUUUGCUGUAAUACAGCGUCAGACUAUGGCUGCUGUAGCAAAAUCUCGUUUGCAAUCAGAGAAUGAUAAUCACCAAACUGAUGAUAAAGCUGCCCGUCAGCCAUGGGAGUAUUUGGAAGAGUUAAACGGUAUCCUUAAAACGGCUUAUCCAUUGUUAGCCUUAUCCUUGGAGUCUUUAGUUGACCAAAUAAAUCAAAAAUUCAAAACUUCACCAGAUGAGGACUUGUUCCGGUUGGUCAAUGUAUUGCUGAUUGAUGGUACCUACAACUAUAAUCGUUUGCCAUAUCCAAGGGAGAAGCCUAGACUACCUUCAAAUACCGAAGCAAAUCUAGUCAGAUUUUCUGAGAAUCUUUUGCCGCCCCAUAUUAGAGUGAAGUUCAACGCAGAUUUCAUCGACAGUAAGCCUGAUUUUGACACCUACAUAAAAAGAUUGCGCCACUGGAGAAAUAGAUUGGAAGAAAAGUUGGAUAAAGCACCCAAGGUAGAGAAUAUGGAAAAUAUUUGCCCUCAUUUAAGCAAUUUCCACCAUCAGAAGUUCGAAAACAUUGAAAUCCCUGGACAAUACUUACUAAACAAAGAUAAUAACAAUCACUUCGUAAGGAUUGCGAGGUUUUUGCCAAACGUUGACUUUGUUCGUGGAACGCAUUCCUCAUACAAGAGAUUAACUAUACGAGGACAUGAUGGUAGUUUACAUUCAUUUGCUGUUCAGUAUCCUGCUGUACGCCAUUCUAGACGGGAAGAGCGGAUGUUCCAAAUGUUUAGGCUGUUCAACGAAACACUAUCAAAGAAUGUACAGGCUAGGCGCCGUGAUAUACAAUUUACAUUACCAAUUGCUGUGCCUUUGUCUCCGCAAGUGAGAAUCAUUAAUGAUCAUAAAUCCUUGGUAACUUUGCAUGAAAUAUACAAUGAUUACUGUGCAAAGCAGAAAAUGGACCGGGAUGCUAUACAAGACUUCAUCACUGAGCAAUUGGAUGUUGCUUAUCAUAAAGCAUUACCUACUCCUGAUAUAACUGCCGUCAGAGUUGAGAUAUUCAGUUCUAUCCAAUCAAUGUUCCUUCCAUCGACUGUCCUAAAAGACUACUUUAGGACGCUUUUCACUGACUUUGAAGAUUUUUGGUUGUUUAGAAAACAGUUUUGCUCUCAAUAUGGCGCGUUUGUUUUCAUGUCAUACAUGAUGUCGAUAAACAAUCGUUCACCUCACAAGAUCUUUAUCAAUGAAAAGUCUGGUAAUGUUCAUACACUAGAGAUGUUACCAGCGAGAUAUCAUUACGAGCGAGUUCGGCAAUUUGUUAAAUCUUUCGAAGCCAGCAUACCAAGCGACGCCCCAGUGUUCCAUAAUAAUGAAACCGUUCCUUUCAGAUUAACACCUAACAUUCAAAAACUGAUCGGAGAAUCUGCAAUGGAAGGCAUUUUUGCAGUUAAUAUCUUCGUUAUUGCUCGUGCCUUGUUAGAACCAGACUACGAGUUGAAUACAUAUCUGUCAUUGUUUAUUCGUGACGAGGUUAUUUCAUGGUACAGCAGUAUGCAUCGCUCUAUAGUUGAAGAUCCUCAACUGCGUGAAAUUGUUGCUACCAAUGUUGACCUGAUCAGUAGGCGUAUUGCUCAAAUGGGGCAUUUGAGUUCCUCGCCCUCGGUAGCAACUCAAUACGUACUGGAUGCUAUAAGCGCUGCAGUCAGCCCGAGAAACUUGGCAAAAGCGGACCAAAGCUUUAUGCCUUGGUUGUGA